UCUGGUCUCUACCCGCAACAUUAUUUUAAACCUCGGGUUUAUUUAUUCAGAUAUAGUACUCUUUUGUACACUCAGAAACCACGCGCUCUCCUCUCUCUCUCUCUCUCUCUCUCUCUCCAUAUACACACUACCCUUAUAUAUAGCGAGCAUAUCUGCUCGCAAUCUUCCUAUUCCUUUUAUACUAUUUCCAGCCUGGUCCCCCUGUAAGUCGGCCGGUGGAUUCCCGCCUGCCGUUUUCUUCCCCGGCGACCGUUAAUCCCGCCGUUCUCCGGCAGAUUCACCGGGACCAGUUUCAAUAUCCUAGAAAUUAAUCCACAAUGGCAUAUAUCUGAUCGCAAGAAGGUCUUUUGGAAGGAGAGAGAGAAAGAGAGGAGAUUUUAGGAGAGAGAGAGAUGGGGGCGAGGGAGUUGGGGAUUCUGUCGAUCUUGGUGGUGAUGGCGGUGGUGUUUUCGGCUUCGGUCAUUACGGGGGGCGAAGCGACGGCGGUUAGAGGGAGUCGGCACAGGAACGCGUACGCGACGAUGAUGUACAUGGGGACGCCGAGGGACUACGAGUUCUACGUGGCCACGCGCGUCAUGCUCAGAUCUCUCGCCGGGUUCGCCGUCGACGCCGAUCUCGUCGUCAUUGCCUCCGUCGACGUGCCUCUCCGCUGGGUCCACGCCAUGGAAAAUGAAGAUGGGGCUAGGGUGGUGAUAGUGGAGAAUUUGGACAAUCCGUACAAGAACCAACAAAAUUUCGACAAGAGAUUCAAGUUAACGAUGAACAAACUCUAUGCAUGGAGCCUAGCGGAAUACAAGAGGGUGGUUAUGCUUGAUGCCGACAACCUCUUCCUCCGAAAAACAGACGAGCUGUUCCAAUGUGGCCAGUUCUGUGCUGUUUUCAUCAACCCCUGCAUCUUCCAUACUGGUCUCUUUGUUUUAGAGCCAUCAAUGAAGGUUUUCAAGGACAUGCUUCAUGAGUUGGAGACUGGUAGAAAGAACCCAGAUGGUGCAGACCAGGGUUUUAUCGGAAGCUACUUUCCAGACUUGCUUGAUCAGCCAAUGUUUCAUCCACCCCAAAAUGGUACCACACUUGAAGGAGCAUACAGACUUCCUUUGGGGUAUCAAAUGGAUGCCUCCUAUUACUAUCUUAAACUCAGGUGGAGUGUGCCAUGUGGGCCAAACAGCGUGAUUACUUUUCCAGGGGCGGCAUGGUUGAAACCAUGGUAUUGGUGGUCAUGGCCUGUCCUGCCAUUAGGUAUCCAAUGGCAUGAACAACGUCGUCAAACUCUUGGGUAUGGUGCCGAGAUGCCCAUUGUGUUGAUCCAGUCAAUAUUCUUCCUAGGAAUCAUUGCACUGACACGUGUAGCUCGACCUAGCCUGUCCAAACUAUGCUAUCGGCGUGCAGACAAGAAUAUCUCCUUUAUCCUAACAGGUCUUAAAAUUUUAGCUAUAUGGUCCAUUCUUGCUGCCUACAUAAUCCCCUUCUUCCUCAUUCCUCACACCGUUCACCCCCUACUUGGCUGGACCCUUUACUUGCUAGGUAGUUUUGCUCUAUCCUCCAUAGCAGUAAAUGCCUUUCUUCUCCCGAUUCUCCCCGUUUUAGUGCCAUGGCUUGGGAUUUUUGGGGUACUUUUAGUCAUGGCAUGCCCUUGGUACCCGAAUGGCGUUGUGAGAGCUCUAGCUGUGUUCGGGUAUGCGUUUUGCUGUGCACCAGUUGUUUGGGCUUCAUUGGUCAAAGUAACUUCAUGCCUUCAAGUUUCACUUGAAAAGGAAAAUUUCUUGCCGAGGAUGGUUGAAUCUGCACCGACUCCUGGGUUAAACAAGUUGUGCUAGGUAAAAAUGGAAAUUCAUAGGAGAAAAUAUUGGGGUUCUUAAAGCUGCUUUGUUUAUAUGCAUGCUGGGGGAGAAUGAGAAGGAAACUAAUUUGUUGUACGGGGGCUUCCCCUCCUGCCUGUUUCCAUGCUAUCGUUGACAUUCUUUGGGCAGAGAGAGAGAGAGAGAUACGGAGCACCUAUCCCUCUCCGAUCGUAUAUUUGGCUAUGUAAUGGGGUGAUAUUUCCUCUUUGAGAUCCAUUGCGCAGAGAAACUCCUUUGAUUUGACAUUUUUAGUGAACGGAUUUGUUUCUUAGCUCGAGUUAAUUUUCUAUGGUGAAUCUGUGUUUUUUGUUGGCAGUUUUAUUAGUGAAGAAUUAGCUUUGUGCAAGAAAAA